AUGUCCUUUGAUUCGUCAGACUCGUUUGACGACGAGGACAUCGAUUUCGAUCAACUCUACUCUGCGCGAUCACAAUCUCAUGGGCUGAGAAACGUGUCGCCUGCGCUCAAGGAGCCCAGUACAGACCCAUUGGCUCUGAGGGGCGAGAACGCGAUCCUUCGAGCCCAAUUGCAAAAGAUUAGUUCCAAGUACGAGCAGGAGCAGAAGAACUUGAAGCAGCAUUAUGCUUCAUUGCUAGAGGAACGAAACAAACGAAUCACUGAGUUGGCAGAAGACGUCAACAAGGUUAAGGAAGAUAACGAGUUUCUCACUUCUGAGAACAAGAACCUCACCACAAAGUAUCUUCCAGCCCCGAAGAAACGGCGGAUCCAGGACGAGUCGAUGGAUGUUUCCGUGUCUGAUAUUUCUGGACGUUCGUUUAGCACAAAGGCCACAAGCACUCCACCUGAAUCCAAACCACAGACAUUGGCUAUAAUCAACCAGGUUUCUGUGUUCCAAGACGAAAAGAACUCAUUCAUAGAAGGGAUCUCUGCACACGUGAUUCCGGGAUUUGGCAGAACAACUCUGGAUUAUCUGGCCAAUAUUUCGUCCGCGAUCAGCUACGAGAAGGGUGAUUUCCGUGUGACCAAGGGAAAGGAGAAUAUCAAAACUGCCAUCAUCGAUUAUCUCAUCCGAUUUGAGAACAAGAAUCGUAUUGAUAUCCUGUUGAGCGAUUUCAUCAACAUCCUAUUCGAUUACAUUACCUGCUGUUUCGAGAGUGCGAAUUUGUUUGCAGGGCCGUUCCUGCUGGCCCUGAUCCAUUUUGCACUAAACUACAGAGCCAAAGCGAUAAGUUUUGAGCUGAUCCAAAGAUCGAUGGAAGUCACCAACUAUUUGCUCACUUUUUCCACCACAGUCUUGAAGCAAGACCAGCCAUACCUGUCGAACGAGAAUCUAGAUAUCACCACAACUGCCAACUCUGCAUCAACCGAUCUAAAACUGGACACUGUACAGAAAACCAUGCAUUCAAAAGUACUAGACGUGUUCACCACCGUGUAUCUGAUGGAUAUCAUGGAAACUCUGGCGAAGCUGUCUUCUUAUUUAGACGUCGGGAAUGAGCCAUACUUGACAGAGUAUUGGUCGUCUUUCCAAAAGUCAUUGAUCUCUCAUUGCCUGUCAAUGAAGACACCCAUUGGCUUUGUGUUCAACAUGGUUGAAAUCCUCAAUUACUCUGUGAACAAAAACAGCUUUGCAUUUGCACACGCCUCAAGAUCCAAAAGACAAGGUUACUCAAAAGAAAGCACAGAUAUACUCACUAACCUUAUUCUGUUCCUUACUCAAGGAUUGGAACAGGAUCUAUACACAUACGGUUUAAAUCGAACCAUUGGUAGCAACGGGUACUCUCGCCUACUCGAAAUGCUAGUCACACACGACGCCUCGCCGUCACCAAUGUCGCACUCAUGGGACCGGUACCAGCAAAUACUUCAAGUCUCGUCAAACAUUGGACAGAUUAAUAAACAUGAGAUUGUCGUUUUAAGUCUCAGAAUUCGCAUAUUACAACUAUUUGAGAACUUGCUCGCUCAAAAGCCAGCAAGUGCGAUCAAGAACGAAACUCUCAUUGCAUUCAUCUCCUCGAUAGUGACACAGCUCGGAUACCAACAGGAGAUCAUCUACAGAUCUCCAAGAGCCAAGACGAUAGGCCAUCGGUUACAACUGAUUUCGCUCAUAGUGAGGUUGAUCCAUUUCCUGGUGUCUGCUUCGGCCAAGGUGGCGAUCUCGGACCUGCCAGGAAUCACUUUGCGCGAGAUGGUGAUUGCCUUGCUACGUAUUUCGGCAGAAAGUCUCAAACCGUUGGCACUAGAAACGAUCCGCCAGUGGCGUGAUCUGGGUCACGUGCCAGAGAUUUCGCCUGCGCCCAACGGGGUAGAGAUAAACUACGACGACUGGACUAUUGACAUGGCGCGUGACGUUAUUAGCCAGUGUAUUACGGGAGAUGAAGCCGAUGCAUUGCAUUAUAGCAUCAACUAUGACAUCCCGGAUGACGAUAUGUUGGAGUAA